GCAAUUUGUUUACAUUGGAGUUGAGAGCGAGAGAGAGAGAGAGAGAGAAAGGGGAAGUUGUAUUGGUAGGAAAGCAUGCUUCCUGAGACGUAGAAGGGAAAUACAGGCGGCAACCAGCGAGUCACCAGUGUAGUGGGGAUGAGUGUGAUGGUGUCAGAGUGCAGUGGUGGUGUGAAUGGCGCCUUGUCUUGAGGCUCCCUGACUGCCUCACUGGAACACCUUCAGGCUCACCAAUGCUGCCACGCACUGACUGGGGUGUUCUGAUAGGCAGCUGAUGCAUGUGCAGUUUCUUGAGGUCAACUCUAUGACAGGAGAAUGAAGCCAAUCCUCCCCAAAGGCAGCGGUGUGCCACAGGUACAGGGGCUCUUUUCUUCCCCUCGGACAACCAUCAUCCUUGCCCCAGCAGCAGCAGCGCCGGCAGCGGCAGCCUCACCCCUGCCCAUGGGGACUUCCUUCUCUAGUCCUCUCAUCCUGCCGGCCCCUCCCACUUCCACCAUCACUUUAGCUGCCCAUCGAGUGCCCCAGCCAACACCUGUCAUGCUGCCUCUCACGAAGACCACCACGUCACCCACCAACAUUCAGGUGCAGUGUUCCCUUCUGGCACCAAAGAACAUCCCUCACAGAAUUGAACUUCAACAACCAGCUCCUCACUGUUCAAAUGGAAGAAGUUCCAAGAGACACCCAUCUAAGAAAAAUAAAGAAAGAAGGGAUGGCAGACAAAGUAAAAUUAAAUAUUCAAAUUCUGAAACUCCCAUCCUCCCUAAAAGGUGUCAAUCAGACCCACAAACUGUGAUUCUACUGCCUUCAGCCCCAGGCAAGGCAGUGACCCUCCCCCCCUCAGUGCUGGUCCCCAAGUGUUCUCUUGUGAUCACUGAUGAAAUGCAUUCACAGUCUGUCUCCAAGGAGGGAAGAGAAACCAAAAAGAAUGAUAAUAAGGAGCAGACAAAGAAACAGUCAAGCAAAGCGAAGAGAGUAAAUGAAGUAAAGUUCCCACAAAUUGAUAGUGACAAGCUCAAUAAAAAUUUUGGGAACUCUUCAAAAACCUUGGGGCUGAAAUUUUUUAAGAAAAAGUGUGUAGAUCACCAAAGCUUUGCAGAGGACGAGACUGGCAAGAUAAAACCUUUAGAUAUUGAUGAGGGCGACAUAAGAGAAGACUCAUCUGUGCCUAUAGUAGAAAGUGCAAAUCCCCUUUAUGUCCCAGAAUCAUUUAUUUUGUCAGCAGAGGGAUAUUUGAGCCAGUCAGGUCAUUUUCCUCAUCAGCAAGAUGUCCCUCACCACCCUCCACCACCUUAUCCACAGGACUCGGUGCUUGGCAUCAGUUCUGGUGGUGAGAGCACUGAGGCCCAGCGGGAUCCCAACCAGUGCCAUAAGGAUGCAUCAGAACUUGCCAUCACCAAUUCCAAAUUAUUCCAUGGAAAAAGAAAGAAAUGUGAAUGGAAACACAAAAGGCAUAGUUUUGUGGGGAGAGCUACUAGUAUAUCAAACAGUGUGUCUGUGCCUGAAACAAGGUCUGAUUUCUCCAGUAAAGUUGCUGGUGAAGCUGACAGUCACAUAACUCCACUGACAUCCUCUUCCCUCUCACCUGAAUGUGCUGGGCCAUGCACAACACCCAGUUCCUCAUCACACCCUCUCAGAACACCAUUAGGGAAAACCUCUAUGACUGAUACAAUAACAGUAGUCUCAUCCUGCUCCUCAUCUGCCUCACAAUCUCAUUCUCCUCUGGUCAAGAAUAGAAAUGUAAUUCCACCUUUAUGUAAACUAGAAACAAAUCAUAAGGGUCUAACCUUAGAGCAACACACUUCCUCCCAUACACCACGUUCUUCCCAUGGGGAUGCCCAAGAUAUUCUAAUUAUACCAGGAAAGUCUUCCCAGAACAAAUCCUUUGAACAAUCCUACCAUUUGUCUGCUGGUUCUGUCGGUGUAUGUAUAACAGAUGUCCCCUCAAGUUAUUCUUUACCCUCUGAACUGUCACCUACACAACCUGUUUCUCAAACCUCCUAUUGCUCACAAGCAUCUGUGGGUACUCACCUGUCACAGUCUCCAGCACCUUCCUUGAGUCAUGGCACUAAUACCAGCUUUUCCUCUUGUGGUGCCACAACUUAUGAGCUCAAAUCAGGAGCUACUGCCUUGUGUUCACAGGCCAGUCUCCAGCUCACUCUCAAUGCACAGCGGACACAAAGUUCUGCGUCUUCUCAUUUGGACGAGUGUGAUCAAACAACAGGAACUGCUUUUCACUUCCAGUCACCACAGAGCAGCACAAGUUUGCAUUCAGUUUUGCCUAGCCAUUCCUCCGUCCCGGGUUCUGUGACAAAUUCUGACACCACAGCCUCAUGUCCUUAUAUACCAUCUGAGGAUCAGGCAUUCAUCCACAAAGUUGGUUCUCAUUCAUCUUCAUAUACAGAUUCCACACAGCCAAACUCUUUUGCACAGUCUCUUCAGCCUGCACCAUUCAUGGAUCCAUCUCAUCUCAAUUCUUAUUCACAAUCUUCUCAGCCAAAGUUAAUUACUAAGCCUCCACAUUCACCAUAUACACCCUCGCAUCAGCUGCCAUCAUACACACAGUCUUCAUCAUUGUCUCACUCACCAUCAACACAGGCAGUUAUAAAUACUGUGGCUGAUCAUUCCACUCAUGCUCACUCAUCUUCAUUAGUUGCACAUGUACAGUCUUCUUCUCAAGGCUCACGCAUGGAGGAGCCACAUCCAGACCCAUGUCUUCACACAGAACAUGCACCUUAUCUCCAACCAACACAACCCCUUUCAUUAUGUGGAGAGAGUCAGCAUGGGAAACCUGUCUCUAAUCAUCACUCUCCACAAGAGGUGUCCUUCCCCUCUGAGUACACCUCCUCUUAUCCUUCACCACAGGCAGGGUCACACUCUCAGCCCUCAGUGGAGAACUUGCCAGCAAUAGCCAUGUUUAAGGAUAGUUCACAAUCUCCAGUUCUUCCUAUGUAUGCUGCUUCCCAUGAUGUGUCUGCAUCUCAGUGUUAUCCCAAUUCUUCCAACAUACCUUAUGCUUCUCAACAGACAAGUAUUCAUGAUCCACAUUAUUACAGCUUGGGUAGAUUUAAAGUAUCAUCAUCUUCAGUAGAUGUUAGUUCUCAUUUUAUCUUGGAAAAGUCCAUGAACCCACCAUCUUAUGAAGCACACAUUCAGAAUGCUGCAUCAUAUAUUGCCUCAGAAAGCAAAGAACAAGUAACUCAGGAUAGUUCACAGAACAGCCAUCAUCAAACAUCUCCCACAAAUUACUCAUUGUCUUGUCAAAUUGUACAAACUCAAGGAACCCAGCCCCUACAUGAAGAUGCAAAAAAAGCUGCUUGUUCAUCCCCCUCUCCUCUUCUGUCACUGACUUCCUCUCCAAGAUAUGCAUACAGCCAACAGUUGAGUCAUGAGGAUCCACACAUAGAGCAUUCCAUCAUAGCAGACAUAGCUCAAGGAACUUAUGAUUAUGACAUUGAAGAACCAUCACAGACCUACCUUCCACCCACUGCCUCUGAUACACAGAUUGCCCUCCAUGCUGAAAGUCAAGCUUCUGGCACUGUAGAGUACAGUGCCAGCCACAAUCUCAGUGAGAAUCAUAGCAGCAGCAUCCACAUUACUUCAAAUUGUGUGCAAAACAAUGAUCAGGCAAGAAUGCAAAGCUCCCAUGGCAGAGUGCUUGUAUAUCCACUGGCCAGACAUGAAUCCAUCUAUAAGAACAGUGAUCAAGAUGACUUGGGUCUCUCAAGUUGGAACAGUAAUGCCCAAAGUGCAGGACACACUGAGAACCUGAGGAUUGAGAAGCUUCUGUUCAUACCUCACUCUGAGCAAACCUGCUUCUAUAUGAAAAAGGAGUCAUUAAAAGACUUGCCAGGUGAUCCAGGCUUGCACUUAAGCAAAGAUGACAUGCUGAAAAAGUUUUGGAUUGAAGAGGAUGAACCAAUUGCAGAAGAGAUUGUGUCAUCACUUGUAAACAAGCUUCCUGCUCCACAAACUCCUCCAUCAAAACAAAAGAAACCCAGACAAAUGUUGUGUCAGAUUUGUGGUAAAAUGCUGAAAGGUCGCAACAGCCUGAGGUGUCACCUCAACAGCCACCACAACAUACAGCCACACUCCUGCCCAACCUGCGGCAAAAGCUUCACCAACCGCAGUGUUCUGGUGGAGCACCUCCGCAUACACUCUGGAGAGACUCCUUACAUGUGCAGCCUGUGCAGUGCAGCUUUCAAGACACGCUCAGGCCUCCUGAGACAUGGGAGUAUGCACACCACAGCCCGGCCACACGAAUGUUCCAUGUGCUCCAAGAAAUUCAAAACCAAAUUAGUGCUACAGCAACACAUGAAGCUUCAUCUAACAGAUGUAUUUACCUGUUCAGAAUGUGGAAAGACAUUUGAGAGACGAAAGUCACUGGCGGUUCACAAAGCAUUCCACCAUCACAAGACUCAGAGGUUCACCUGCCCGUACUGUUCCAAAGGAUACCACUUUCGAACCUUGCUGAACCAACACAUGCAGCUCCACUCCAAUGUCCAGAAGCAUGUCUGCUCCGUGUGUGGGAAAGCCUUUGUUUGGCGGAGUGGCUUGGCUGCUCACAUGAAAACUCACUCAACUAACCGUCCAAAGUGUGAUAUCUGUGAUAUGCGUUUUGCCUCAGAGAAAAGGCUCAAGUCACAUUACCGCCAACACAACAAUCCCAAACCCCACCAAUGUAAAGUGUGUGGUAGGUGUUUCUCCCAUGCAUAUCUCUUAGCGUCUCAUUCGUUAAUACACCAAGAGAAUAAGGAGUAUGUAUGCCAAAAGUGUGAUAUUGUAUUUACCAAUGCAAAGAAGUUUAGAAAACAUUUAGUGACUCAUAAAAAAGAAGAACCAAGAAUUUGCAGACUAUCUGGUACUGUUGAAGCAACAAAACCAGUUUUAUGAUACAUGUAGACUUGUUGUUUCAAAACAUGUAUUACUGAAAAUAUACCAGUGUUUAAUAC